AUGAGCUUGUUAAUAUUUUUAUUGUGGGCUUCUAUAGCUUUAGUGUCAGCUGGAAAUCAUGAUAUUUAUUCUGGAUACGCAGUCUACGGCAUUCACCUAAAAGAUGAGGUAGAUCAAAAAUCUCUAAUUAGUCUAGAAAAAGAACUAGACGUUGAUGUCUGGAACCAUGGUGCAUUGGAAACAAGAGACGCCUUAGUUAUGGUGUCUCCGGAGAAUAAAGCUCAAUUGUUGAAAAUUUUAAAUGAACGUGACUUGAAGUAUUAUCUUCAUAUGGCGGAUGUUGCUAAAUCUCUCACAGAGUUUGAUUUAGAAGUCGCUCGUUGGCAACGAAGCAGGUCAAAUAGACUAGUGCCAUAUUCAGAUUACCCCAGAUAUAGUGAGGUUGACCAAUAUAUGGAAAGAAUAGCUAGUGAGUAUCCUAACUUGGUAACUUUGGUAAAUGCUGGAGCUAGUUUCGAAGGAAGACCUAUCAAGUACUUGAAGAUAUCUACUUCAAAUUUCACAAAUACCAGCAAACCAAUAUACUAUAUGGAUGCGGCCAUACACGCCAGAGAGUGGGUGACUGUACCUCUGGCUCUCUACACUGUGCAUCGAUUAGUUGAAGAUCUGAGGGAGGAGGACAGAGACUUAUUGGAGAACGUUGACUGGAUCAUCCUACCCAUAGUGAACCCAGAUGGAUAUGAAUACUCUCAUACUGAUAAUCGUCUUUGGCGCCGAACUAGAUCAUACUAUCCAGAAAUUAGCACAGAAUGCUGGGGGGUAGAUGCAAAUCGUAACUUCGAUGUCAAUUUUAAUACAAUCGGUGUGUCCUCAAAUGCUUGCUCCGAUAUAUACCCUGGUCAUCAAGCUUUUUCCGAACCUGAAACAAGAUACGUCAGAGACAUUAUUCUAGGACAUAUUAACCGUAUACAACUUUACCUAAACGUUCACAGUUACGGAAAUUAUGUUUUGUUUGGUUUUGGUAAUGCCACUUUACCAGCGAAUGCUCCUCACUUGCAUGCAGUAGGUGCAGCGAUGGCAGCUGCGAUUGAUGCCAAGAAACUAGACAAAGCGCUGUAUUAUUUAGUGGGGAACAGUAAUUUGGCUCUGUAUGGAACUUCAGGCAGCGCUCAGGAUUAUGGACAGGCGGUCGGAGUGCCACUUUCCUACACACUAGAGCUACCCGGAUAUGAAUACGAUUUCCGCGUUCCUCCGCAGUACAUCGAACAGAUUAACAAGGAGACGUGGGAAGGAAUUGCAGUGUCUGCUAGAUUUGCCAAUUUGUUGUAUCAAGCGAGAAACUCUAGUAGUACUAAU